AUGGGGCUGGGUCAUCUUCGCACCUGCUAUACGCCCGAAUCUGAGGAUCUCUGGGCAAACGCAAUCCGUCUUGUCCAUACCUGGCUCGAUUACAAAACCCGCCUUGCUCUGCAAGAACGUGGUGAAGAAGAGGAGCACGAAGAAGUGAUGGCACAACUCGACAACGUUCUCAUUGAAGAUCCAUCGCUGGAAAACGCCUCGUUCGACCAAUUGCGAUCGCGCUUCGCAACUUGGCUGGCAACUCAGGACACCGAUAACCCAGACGGAAACAGAUAUCUGCCACUACAACGCUUCAAGGAAUUCAUUGUCCUCGAUAGCAGCGCUCUGCAGAGCACAAAAGAUGCACCAAGCCCGGAUGAUAGGCAGGCCGGCGCGCAUGCAAGGCUGGCGCCAUACGUCAAGGUUGUCGCAGCCCAGCACUCAGACGGGGCAAGACUCGCACCGACAAGGACCGCAAGGUCCGGCCAGAAUGUUGAUGAGGACAGACUCUUUCCGGGAUUCAUGAGAGUCUCAAUCAUUGAGCUGCGCUUGUUUUGGGAGGAGAGCUUCUCAUAUGAUCUAUUGGAGCUUUGUCCAAGGCGCUUUACCGACGAGCCUGAUUGGAAGAACCGAUUCGAUGUAUUCUAA